AUGGCCAAUCAACAUGAGAACCUGCGCGAGAGGACGCUCAACAACGAGAACCUUGCCGGCCCCGAGGUCAAUCGAGGCGGUGUCGGGGGGAACCACGCGAAUCUCAUGGAUCGGACGCACAACAAUGAGAAUCUCACUGCGCCCACGCCAGACUUGAGCGCUCCCUUGGAGAAGGACUUUAGCAAUGGUAGUAAAACUUCCGGCCACCUUCCUCCCUUCGACGUUAAUAGCCAGGCAGGCGCGUACAGCAACGGGUAUCAUCAACAUCUGGAUGCCAGCCAUGACUCCGAGACUGCACUCAGGAAGAUACAGACGGCCGGCAGCAUAUCGAUCACACCUGAACUCUUCGAGAAGCUCUAUCUCUCGCCGCAGACCCGCGUCCAUGGUGAUCUGCGGAGAACCGUCGGCAACCCAACGCCUCUGGCUCUUCUCGGCUUUUUGCUCUCGCUCAUGCCGCUGAGCAUGGAUCUGAUGGGCUGGAGGGGCGCGGGUGGUAAUGGCGCCGCCGGAACUGGCACAUACUACUUCUUUGGUGGCCUUCUGAUGAUCCUUGGAUCUCUCGGCGAGUUCCUCAUUGGCAACACGUUCCCUUUCGUCGUGUUUGGUUCCUUCGGCGCCUUUUGGCUCGGCUGGGCAGCUACCCUCCAGCCCUUCUACAAUGCCUAUGGCGCGUACUCGACUACCGACAAUCCCGCAGACGGACUCGCAACCGUUGGCUUCCGCUCCAGUUACGCAUUUUUCUUUCUCGCCAUGGCUCUGCUCUGCUUCAUCUACCUUAUCUGCUCCCUCCGAACCAACAUGUGCUUUUUCAUGAUCUUCUUCUCGCUAGUCAUGACCUUCUGCCUGCUCGCUGGAUCGUUCUGGGAAGCGAAUAAUGGGAACGUCGCUCUGUCUGGAAGACUGCAAAAGGCAGGCGGGGCGUUCGGUUUCGUGACCACUCUGUUCGGGUGGUGGAUCUUCAUUGCUAUCAUGCUGGCUAGCUUGGACUUCCCGUUCGAGAUUCCAGUCGGUGAUCUUUCAGGGUUUAUCAAGGGUGCUACAGAGAGGAAGUCGAAGGAGAGCGUGUAG